AUGGAUGGUAUCAAGGGAUCAAAGAAAUCAAUCGAGAGUAUUGGGAUAAAUGGUUGGUCAUGCGCUGACGGCCAUGUCUACAGGAUCGGAGACGAACCCUACACGCUGGGAUUGUUCGAUACUGCCGGUCAGGAGGAUUACGACAGACUGCGCCCCCUCUCCUACCCUCAGACCGAUGUCUUCCUCGUCUGCUUUAGCGUCACAUCACCCGCCUCUUUCGAGAACGUCCGCGAGAAAUGGUUUCCCGAGGUACAUCACCAUUGCCCCGGUGUCCCCUGCCUUAUCGUCGGCACUCAGGUGGAUUUGAGAGAAGACCCGAGCGUGCGCGAGAAGCUUUCUAAGCAAAAGAUGUCCCCCGUACGGAAAGAGGAUGGCGAGCGUAUGGCGAAGGAUUUGGGAGCGGUCAAAUAUGUCGAAUGCAGUGCUUUGACCCAGUAUAAACUGAAGGAUGUUUUUGAUGAGGCAAUCGUUGCGGCUCUGGAACCCCCCGCCCCGAAGAAGAAGUCGCACAAGUGCCUUCUCCUCUGA